CCCCAAUCCACACAAGAAGAAGAGAAGCAGCAAGAUGGAUAUAAAGCGCACCGCACCGGCACCGGCACCGGUAACCCCCGAAACAAGAAGCAAAACCAUAAUAAUCGGCAUCUCCGGCCCCUCAAGCAGCGGCAAAACCACGCUCGCGCGCCUCCUCCAACGUAUCUUCGGGCAUCUCGAUGACCUGCCCUCUGUGACAGAGGAAGCACAGGCACAAGCACAAGCACCAGCACCAGCACUUAGAUCGUUCCUCGUUCACGAAGAUGACUUCUACCAUCCUGAUGAUAAAAUCCCCACAAUAACCCUAGAAAACGGCACCACCCUCCAAAACUGGGACACCGCCUCCGCGCUGGACCUCGGCCUCCUCUCCGCAUCGCUGCAUUACAUCAAGGCCCAGGGCCACCUCCCGCCGCGGCUGCACUCAAAGGAAGACCAGAACGAGGUGAUGGGGGAUGCGGACGCGGGGGUACCGGGGCAUUUGGUGGGGGAGUUACGGCGUGCGGAAGUAGGUAAUGCGACUUGCAGCAGUGGCACAAAGACAGGGACUGGGACGACGAUCGCGUUCGUGGAGGGGUUUCUCCUGUUUGCGCCGCCGCCGGGGGGAUCAGCGGAGUCAGCGGGGCAUCCGCUGAGGGAGGUACAUGAGCGGUUUGAUGGAAGGUUGUUUUUGCCGGCGGCGUAUGAGAUGGUAAAGGCGCGGCGGGAGAGGAGGAGUGGGUAUGUUACUAUUGGGGCGGCGCCGGUGCCUCAGGGGAACACUCAAGGGGAGGGAGAGAAUGGGGAAAAGGAGGAGGAGGAGGAGGAGGAGGAGGAUAAUCAGACAGAAAUCGAUCUGGAGGCUGAGGAUGAUCGCCCGCCGCAGAAUUUCUGGACUGAUCCCCCUGGGUAUGUCGAUGAUAUCGUGUGGCCCAACUACGUCAAGGAUCACGCGUGGUUGCUGCUGCCUGAGGAUGAGAGUGAGGAUGAUGAUCGCUUGUUGAUGGAGACCGACCCGCACGAGCUGGUCAGACUGGCAGGCCAAGCGACUCGUGUGCGGAUGGAUGCCGGGGUCACUGUCGCUCCUGGUCGGGGUAGCGAACCCAUGUCGAAAAUCCUGAAAUGGGCCGUGGAGGAAGUGUUGAAGCUUCUGGAAGAAGUCGCCUAAAUCACAUGUAGACC